UUCGAAUCUGUCCAACGGAACGCAUCGGCUCUACAAGUCAACUUUCGCUCGUGAAGUUGUGUGUGGCCGUUUGUGCGUGUUUCCACCCGUGCGUGCAUUGUGUUGUGAUGGGGGUGAGUCGCUCACGAAGCGAAUAGGAACCAGCGACAGGAUACGAGGAGCAUUCGUCGCGCGCAACGCACGAGAGACGGCUUGACUCUUUUAUCGCUACUAUGGGAGCAUGGUCUCGCGUUCGCCGACAUGCUGCUGCCACCGCGAACCGUGCGCCCCUGCGUUGCUGCACUGCUACAGCUGUUGCUCGCCGCUGUGUUGCCCGCAAUUUGCGCCGUGCACGCCGACCGGGGCGAUUCGGAAGCAUGGCCCGGUGAAGAACCGACGGAGAAGGAUGACAGGCACCUUGCCAUCGUUGAACCCUUGAUUCUGGUCUCCACGUUGGAUGGAACCCUCCAUGCCGUGGAAAAGAAGUCCGGCAGCAUACGUUGGUCCAGGAAAGAAGAGCCAGUUCUGAAAGUGCCUGCCGACGUCUCUAAAAGGACAAGUUUUCUUCCCGAUCCAAAGGACGGCAGUCUGUACAUUUAUGGCUUUGGCGAGAGGAGCGGCGAAGAUGCCAUCAAGAAGCUCCCCUUCACCAUACCGGAACUGGUGUCGGCAUCGCCGUGUCGAAGCACCGAUGGAAUUCUGUAUACUGGUCAAAAGCUGGAUGUCUGGUUUGCCAUCGACAUGUUCACGGGGGACAAGUUGGAGACCAUUUCGUUUCACGGUUCCGACAAGGUCUGCCCAGUCUCGUACGAAAAGGCGAUCUUUGUCGGCCGCACAGAGUUUCAAAUUGCCAUGUAUGAUAGCAAGACGGGUGAAAAAAGAUGGAACGCCUCCUUUUUCGACUAUGCAGCCCAGACAGCACCCGACCUAGUCAAGGAUUACGACUUGGCCCACUUCACAUCAAGUGAAAGCGGUCGGGUGCUCACGUUCAAUAAGGACACUGGCGACUUCCUGUGGGAGCGAGAACUGGGCAGCCCAGUUGUUGCUGUCUAUGACGUCGGUGACGAGGGCACGCUGCGACGCCUCCCGUUCACGCCGGUGGCGCACCGUACCCUGGAGGACAUCACCGGCAGGCUGAAGCGCUCGUCUUGGAACAAGAACUUGCUGGAACCGUCGCAGCACACCACGCUAUACCCUGCACUGUACGUUGGUGAGCACGCGAAGGCCAGCUAUGCUCUGGCCGCCUUGGUCGACAAGAACAUGCCGGUGAUGAUGUCCCGAGACCGGAGGAUACCUCUUCUGGAAGGUCCUACUGCGCCUGCCGGCCGUGCAACGGGAGCAGCGCCCGAUAGCUUUGAGCCGUCGGGAAGCGGAGCAAAAAAGCGAUCCUUUGUCUCCGGCUACUACGAGUACCCGAACACCAUGGUGGCCGUGCUGUUCUCGAGGCUCCAGAUUGGGUACCGGCGUCCACCGCAGUCCGAGGAUCCGGCAAGCCGCCAUAUUCAGGACCAGCGGGAUGUUCCCCUGGAAGAAAUGCAUGUCGAGGAACGGGUCAUUUCGACCAAAGACUCGGACGAUCUUGGACGAGGAGGACUGGAGUGGGAGAUCGGGGACGAUGGCAAGAGCUGGAGGCCCCUUCCCUUCUUCAACCGCAAGAGAGACGAGUGGGGUGGCAGGGAGGGUGUCAGGGUGAGGGGUCCCCGCACCCCACGGCAGCAGCACCGGCGCGUCGACGUGUCAACACAGCACCCGCCGGAAGACACCCUACUGUCCACCCUGGGCCAGGUGACCUGGCCCCAGGUGGCACUGGUGAUUCUCCUGGGAAGCAUGGCGGGGGCCGUGGCCUACCUUUAUCCACAGGCGAGAGAGUACCAGCGCUCAUCACGAAGUGGGAACUUGAGGGUCAGUGGUGGCAGUCAAAUUCUUGAGGUUACAGAAGACGGCGUCUGUCACGUGGGCAAGAUCAGCUUCGACACGCAAGACGUGAUUGGCCGUGGCUGUAAUGGUACUUUCGUGUUCAAGGGCACAUUCGAGAAGCGCCCAGUGGCAGUUAAGCGCAUUCUGCCGGACUGCAUCAGUCUGGCAAGCCGCGAAGUCGACCUGCUGCGCGAGUCUGACGAGCACCCCAACGUGGUCCGCUACUUCUGCAUGGAGGAAGACCGCCAGUUCUGCUACAUUGCCCUGGAGCUGUGCGAGGCCACCCUGCAGGACUACGUGGAGCGUCCGGACUCAGACGACUGGGGCCACCUGGAGCCGGCCACCCUGCUCCACCAGGCCUCCUCUGGACUGCACCACUUGCACUCGCUUGACAUUGUGCACCGAGACGUCAAGCCGCACAACGUACUCAUCUCGCGACGGAACGCCGCCGGUGAGGCCAAGGCCAUGAUCUCGGACUUUGGCCUCUGCAAGAAGCUGAGCCAUGGGCGGCUGUCGUUCUCACGAAAGUCCGGCGUCACUGGCACCGACGGUUGGAUUGCACCUGAGAUGCUCUCGGGACAGGGGCGAGCGACAAAAGCCGUGGACGUGUUCUCACUGGGCUGUGUCUUCUACUACGUGCUGAGUGGGGGUCGACAUCCGUUCGGCGACACCCUGGAACGGCAGGCCAACAUCAAGCAUGGCCGACACAACCUCUUGGAAGUCGGGACAAACGGUCCCCUCGGCCAAUCCCUGAUCGAGCAGAUGCUGCACACGGAUCCCCAGGAGCGUCCCUCCGUCUCGGCGGUGGUAAUGCAUCCCGUCUUCUGGGGCCCAAAGAGGCAGCUGGACUUCUUCCAGGAUGUGAGUGACAGAAUUGAGAAAGAGCCUCCAGAGAGCGAGGUGGUGCGACGUCUCGAACGUGGCGGCUUUGAAGUGGUGCGUGGUGAUUGGCGGGAACACAUCACCGAGGAGCUGCAGAAAGAUCUACGCAAGUACCGGACUUACAAGGGUCAUUCUGUUCGGGACCUGCUGAGGGCUAUGCGCAAUAAGAAGCACCAUUACCGGGAGCUGCCGGAAGCACUGCAGUCCGAGCUGGGCACAAUCCCAGAGGAGUUUGUCGGCUACUUCACGUCGCGGUUCCCGCUGCUGCUGCCGCACACGUACCUGGCCAUGCAGGAGUGGCGCACCGAGCCCACCCUGCGGCCGUACUACGCGCACGACGGAUCGGCCGAGCUACGGCCGUCGCGGGCGCACCAAACCCCGCUUCAGGGGGGUCCCUCGUUUCCAUGGCAGUGGCGGAGGCGGAAAGCGGACGCCGCCAAGCCUAAGGACGGGGAGAGAGGAGAUGUCGCGGUUCCAUCUGGUGUAGAAUCCGCGACGCCACGUGACAAUCCACCAGAUUCUAUUGAGCCUGGCUUGGCUAGCUCACAAUCUGCCAACAGUGUCAAGGAACACCGAAGGCGUUCACCGAGGAGAUCGUCUCCCAACGGUGCCUGGCGCGUCGAUGACGCUGACACUAAGCCCCAAGUGCUCGAGACCAUCCCUAGCGGCGAGUAUCUCGAGAGCACAAAGGCCGUUAUUUCAAACGACCUCGCACAGUCUGAGGAGCCUUAUGCCGCCGUUGGCGGUGCCGGCGCAAAGCGAGCGAGUCUCGAGGUACCAAGAGAUGACAUUGCAAGGCCUUCCGACAGUAGUGGCAGCCCCAAACGACGUUCUUUGAGCCGCGACACCAACUGGCGUAGCCGCAGUCCUGUAACAGACAGGGAACGUCGGGACUCUUAUCGCGAAAUGGAGGGACGUUACGCGAGCGAUGAAACGGUCGAUUCCGACAAUUCCAUGAGGCAUACGAGACGUAAUAGUGUUAGUCCAAAGACAACCAGAUCGAACCGGAAGCACCGCUCACCGAGUCACAUUACUAACUGGCGUAGCAGGAGUCCCAGCGUCGCCACUGAAAGCCGGCUGCUGAAGAGUGGAGAUGACAGUGCAGUCCAAGCUGGGGCAACGUCCGGUGCCUCUGAGCUACGGAGAGCCCUGGCCAAGCAUGCCAACAGCAGUUCCAGAUCGAAUGAAAGAGAUGAGAGACAGUCUUCGCCUAUCCGCUACACAAACUGGCGAAGCCCGAGUCCAGCCGUGUCCAAGAAAUCUGAGGACUUGCAAGAGAGUCUUGGCAAAAGUGUCAUUAAUAACUUUCAAGAAAGCCUCAAAAGGGACCUUGCUAACGCUACUCCCUCUUCGAGAGAAAUGCUUGUUGACGAAGCUGCUGUGGCAGAGGCAAGCAGCGAUGAAAAAGUUGCCAGCGAGGCAGCUGCAAACUUGCCUAAGAAGCUUGCCAUUCAAGUUGGCAGCAAAGAUAAGCCGGCAGAUCUUGGUGACAAAGCUUGGAACGGUGACUUCUCUCCCGAAUCAAAGGAAGCUGCGAAUGGGCCAACCUGGCAACGAGCUGCAGACAUAGCGAAGGACGUAGAGUGGCAGACAGUUGUGUGGCGACAGCCACCUUCGAAGCAACCGGUUCAACAGGCAGUAGCUGUUUUGACUCACCGCCGCCGUAGUUUUUCAGCCGGUGAAGCAGGUGGCGAAGCUUGUGCAACAGUUUUCGUCAAGAGGAGCUGAAAAGGAAAGACAGUGUUUUUUUUUCUUCGUAACUUGUUUCUUGUGGUAUUGACCUAGCAGUGUCUCAUUUGUGCUCUCUCAGAUGACCGUCCUGCAACCACGCAUACCGUUGUUGAAGUGUUAGUUCGUGGAGAUUGUGUGUUUUGAAGGCAGGUAGAUUGUGUACAAGAUAAAGCAGGGUUCCCAUUGGAAGCGUUUAUCAUGGGAGAUCAUUAUUUGCUUCUUAGCUUUGUGAUAGCUAAGCACGAGCAUCACUAAGGGUGAUGAAGGUGUUUAAGUACUGUACAGCGAUAUGUUUCUCUCCAGCCGUUCGAGGGCUGCCACUCAAAGCUGAAAGUGAUAGCAACACAGGAAGGUGCAAAGUGUUUGUUGAACCCCCGUGGUGUUUCAUCCCAUCAUCACGAGUGACCACUCAAUUGAAAGCGCUGAGUGACUGUCUUAUGUGAAUCUUGUGUGGAAUAGCGUUCUAACUAUACGCUGUGUUAAACAGGAUGGACUGCAUGUACAUUGUAUUUUUACUUGUUGUUAGUGUAUUUUGUUAACACGCACAGAUAUAGCAUUGUCGUAUGUAUGCCUUAAGUGCUACAGGCAACUGUUGCGUUUGUGGAAUUGUCUUUAGCGUGAAAUCGACGCACAUUGCCUUAUCUUUAAAGCGUGCAUCUAUUGCGUAAUGUUUCUUCUUCUUUGUUUGACUUGCUUUUGAGUUAAAUUGUUAUUUUCUGCUGCCUGAUUUAGAAAGAGAGAUAGGGCACGAAUAAAUUUUGCAGACGUGGUUUUAACAGUGCUAAUCUUUCUGGCACUUAUCGAGCAUGCGCGAUUUCUUCAUUACCGGUGUUUAUAGUCACCUCAUAUUUUGUUUUACACUUUCUGGGAUCAAGUGGUGGUGUGUUUUAAAAGUGUCCUUGAGGAGGCAUGAACUCAGGUCGACAUAAAGCAUCGAUGGGUAUGGACACAGAUUGCCUGUGCCUUCUAGCUCUCUUGCAACAUCAUUACAAACAAGUCAGUGUCCCAUUGUAGAAAAAUAUUCUAUUUGUGAUUUAUAGAAUCAUUUCAGCAAUUUUUUUUACUUUGUGAGAAAGCUCUGUGGGGAAUUUCUCUAGGCAAACCAACUGUCCUAAACGGGAAAGCUGUCAUGCUCGUGAAAAAAGCAGAACAUACCAGCUACUGUAGUUGCUCAGAAAGAAAGGAUUGCGGGGAAAAUUUGUGUUUGUGCGUGGGUCAAAACAAUAACCAACGCUGUACUUUGUUGAGGUAGCCAGUCAUUCUAGCCCAGGUAGCCCUUCUACUAGCUAAGGUAGUCACUAUAUUAGCUGUCGUAGCCACUCUCCUGGCUGAAGUAGCCACUCUACAAGAUGGGCUAACCAGCGACCACUGGUCAUAGUAGAGCUAGCUAUUGGUCAGUUUGUCUGUGGGUUGACACGAUUACCAACACCGUUUUUAGCUAGCCACUUUACUAGCCGAGGUAGGCACUCUGCUAGGUGAUGUAGGCACUCUAAUAUCUGAAAAAAGUCACAGCUUUGCCACGAAGGUGAAGCAAUGAAUGCGAUAGCAACAAAUUAAAAUGUCACGCGCAGAAUGGCAAGCAAAUCAAAAUGUGCCCCGCGUUUCUCACACACAAAUGACACACAAAACGUACUCACAGGCAUAGAUUAACGUGAAUAAGUGUCUCAGUCGUUACUUCGUUGUGUCUUGAAAGCGCGGCUUUUUCAAAUACGGAGACUGUGCAACAAUUGCAGUGACAUUUCUUACUUGGGUUUUCACAUAUAUAUACGUAUAGUACAUAUACGGUGAGUGACGGGGACACUGACAUCGACGAUAACACCGACGUCGAUGCCGACGGCAACAUCCAGCCGAGAGUGUCCAUGUAAUUCCUAUUGCAAUAAUAGCCAUCAUACUACCCGAAGUAGCCACUCUGGUUACUUAGGUAAUCAUUCUACCAGCUUAAGUAGUCAUUCUGCAAUUUGAGCUAGCCAUUGGCCUCUGGUUUGUCUGAGCUAGACAUUAGUCAGUCACUUUUGUUGACACAUAUACCUUUGCAAAGUGCAAGAACAACAGGUAAUGCAAUGUUUCACUAUUUACUCCAGAACCGAGCUAGAUUUCAUAACUUGUUGUCAACGUCUUUUCAGACAUAAUGAAUGAUGAAAUGAAUAUUCCAAAUAGGCACAUGCUAGGAUGUCAUUGCUAUGGAGCCUGCCGAAAGAAGCAAUCUUGUCUCUUGACAUGUUACAUUAAGUAACGUUGACUACAGCUUUGGCAGAAUAGUUAAUCGGGCUAGCUGAUUGACUCAGAUAUUCAAGGAUAUUUAUCCCAGUGGCUACCACUUGUUGAGUAAAAGGGGCUGUGGCCUACUUCAUUACCUUGUCGUCUUGAUUAGUAGAGGACAUUUGGCCACUUAGAUUAGUUUAACUCUUUGUGGUCCAAAACUUUUACCCACUUUCCGCCUCUACCAGUUCGAAACUAUUUCGCCAGUUUCUGGCAUCACGAAGAGUAACAGGAAUGGUGUAAUAAAAACUGACCGGAUAUUUAUUUUUGCUCCUGCAUUCAGCAGCCAAUUCCUUUGGCGAUAUUCGGGCAGCGUGUGAUAUCACUCAAAGCAUUCUAUGGGUACAGGCUGGGGUUGUUACUUCAGGCUUUGCAGAAGACUCAAGGUGUUCUCUCCACCGUCAUUGUCGUUGUCUUCGUCACUAAUUUCUGUUGAAUCACUGUCAUCACUGUUUGGCGGAGGCACAUAAUUGUCUUCCACAAUAAAGCCGUCCUCGCUUUCACUAAAAGCACCACCGUAAAUCGCACGCAGCGAAAGCGUGAUCAUGCUUCUCAGCGAAUCACGCCCGUGCAGGUACACUCUAGGCUCCGUGCUGAACAUAGUGCUGCACCCUAGUGUAAAAACUAGUUAACCUAAAAAAAGUAAGCUCCCUCGUUCCUCAAAAGAUGACGCUUUACGCGCUUUGAAAAUACACGCGACUUUCAGUCGAAAAACGGCAAAAUAUAAACCAUGAACACCCUUGUCGGGCCGCUGCGGCCGUGUUAAGUUGCCGGGCGCUAACCGACAACAGACCGCAAAGGGUUAAACUGUGCCAGGGGAACUCCAGUGCAUUUUCGAACAUAUUGAGAUAAUGCCACUUUCAAAUAGUAUUAACAGUCCUGAAACAGCUAGGGUGGUUCAUUGUAAUUACAAUUUAGGCACAUAGGCACAUAUCAUCAGGGUUCCGAAGCAAACAUAUGUUGGAGGUUUUAUUGAACUCAGUGAAUAUGGAAAAAUCGCCAGAGUUCCCCUUUAAGGGAUUCAUUGACACCCUUUUGUCUUGCAUAAUCACUCUGACAAAGGGUGGUUUUGUUUGUGAAAAGUGAGUGAUAUCGAGUAACGACCCUUUUCCAUAUACUCCCGGUAAUUUGACCUUGGGGAUCUGAUUUUUUACAUUGACUGUUAAUCGGCCUUUUACUGUGUUGUGGUGUUUUUCUUUGUGUCCUUAAUGGUAUUUCAUCUAAUUGUCUUGUUUAUGAUCAUUUGAAAUCAGCCGUGCUGUUUCGCAAUGAAUUUUGUUUGUGUGUCUACACCUUUACAUCUUGUUUGUUACCCUAGUGUAAAUAUUGCUUUACCUGAUAUUCACUUAUGUAAUUAUUCUCUGCUGGUGACCAAAUGCUUGUCUAUAGCUUUUGGAAGAAAGUAAAAUAUUUUAAUAGUUUUGUAAUAAAUAUAUACUCAUAACAAUGUUUAUUUCUCCAAAUGAGACACAUGUUGAUAAAAACAUCGAGGCCCAAAGUGAUGAGAUGUUGCUGGACAAAUUGCUGGCCCUACUAAAACACCUCAUCGAAAUGGACUGCAGUGAAAUUUCUUGCUUGACUACUUGUAACUUCAGUGUUCAUUUAUGCCAUUUUAAAACUACGCGGCACAGUUAUCUGUCAAAGGCAAUGUUCCGGAACUACCUUCAUUUUAUAGUUAGUUUAUUUUUUUCCUUUGCAAUAUCUGUCGUAGCAUCGUGAUGCUUCUGGCAGUGCAUUGUGUAGUUACCUUCAAGGACGGCUUUGUGGAAGCCACGUCGAGAGGCGUAAGAGGGACCGUACCACCUUUUAAAGUAGUCAUCGAAUGAUUUCAGUAUUGGAGUUUGUUGCCUCACGAAUCGGCUGCUACAAAAAUUUUUCGAAUCUGUCAAGAACGAUCAUAGUUGCCAGGAUUUGUCUCGGGCUUUAAGCACUUUUUCUCUUCUCUCGUCUCGACUAGUGCGCAGGAAGCUAAGCAUAGAGGGAUGACGUGGUAGAGCGAAGUUAUAUGUUAGAGUGCGUUACGACCUUGAGCGCACGUGAUGAAAAGCGAUUUCCCACUCCCAUUGCGAUUCCUGAACGCGCUUGGGUGGCUACUGUGUCAUUUUAGCUGACUGUGGAGCACGGCACGAGCACGGGGUGGCAUUCUGUGGCGAGAAGCUUAUUUAAUCGAAGCGCUGCUCUUUAUUUAUUUUAGUUGUUGGCCAGUAGCGAGCUAUCCCUUAAUUUGUGCCAAACACGGUAGUUGUAGCUCUGAAGAGAGUGAGCACAGGCUUUAUAUAAAAAAAAAAGGUGCCUGAGAAAGUGGAAACUUUGCAUUCUGCAAGCUCUCCUCCCUGUGCAUGAGUGCGAGGUUUGGCUGAGCUAUUAGUAACAGCAUCUGCUUUAUCACUGGAUGUGUUUUUUUCCACCAAAGAUUGAGGGGUAGUUUGUGGCUUCUUUAACGAUAAGACGUAACCGACCUCUUUCACAUUGUACUUAAUAUGUCCAAUUUCAGACUCAAGGUCUGUACACGGAAGUGCGAUCAUUCCUCCUACCUUCUUUGUUGCCACAUGAUGCUUUAGCCUUGCUUUAAAGGCAGAUAUUUAAUCUUUUAUGAUGUGCGCACCACUGUGUGACGUUCACUUCGGGUACAUCUGGCUGCCCGCUUGUCUGCUCAGCAACAAGGUGUUUGAUAUGUAAGCACAGUUGACCACGCAGUGCUUGACAAGCAAAACACGAUACUUUGACUGCAUGGAAGCUGGUGCUUUGUGCAUCGUCAGGGAGCACCGAUUGUCACAUUCAGUCACGAUGUGUUGCAAAGGCCGUCGUUUUUAUCAAGUGGCACGUUGCAUCGUCUUUGCGUUAGUAGCACAUGGUUUUGGCACAAACCUGUUGACGGCUUCGUGCUUAGAAAAUUGCGUCAUUCGUCGAGCGCUGUACGUAUCACACAAGGAAAUGUGAACAUGGCGAGCGCAGACUUGAAGUGAAGUCUUCUUUAGCACUUGUGCGUCUCCUAGUUAUCACAACUUUCUCUUCUUUUCCGUAGUGUUUAUCUGAGCUUUGUCCUCAACAGAGUUCGGUGUCUGGCUCAGGCACAUUCGUUGUAAGAACUUGGUGAAGUUCUCAGUGUGGUCGUUAUGGCUUGGUUGUUCAGCAGAGUUCCUGUUACCCGGUGCCUCUCUUGGAACUUGUAUAACUGGCAGACACAAGGUUGCUGAAAAAAAUCUCUGGCUUGCGCUUGCCAAGCCUACGGUUAAUUUUAAAGUCAUGCUCUUGCGUGCUAUCUUCACUAUCUUCCGUCAAUUGAAGGUGCGCUAACCAUACAAUAGUCGAAGAGUGGCCACUAUCAGCACUGAGAUCUCCACAUUUCCGAUCCCUCUGUUGGGCAUGCACAAAACUUGAACUUUGUCUUGGAGAUUCGGGAAUGUUCCUAAAUGUAUGCUUGGCCUGUAGCGUCGAGGUAGAUAAUGCCUCUUUAGGUUAAAAAGUUGCAGUCCAAACGCAUUGUGUUGCUUAUAAAUUGUGGGCAGUCAUUUUAAUAUGUGUCAUCAUGUUUGAUUGCCUGGGGAGAAAAGACAUUGGAAACAAUUUAUGAGAAUAUGUACAAAUUUGUCUCUUAAAUGUCAUCCACAGUUUAUCAUUGGACACGCCUUUAUUAUUUGCUGGCACGGUCUUUGAUGCAAUGUAAUUAAAAGAAAGUGAUUUUAUUGUCAGCGUUUUUUUAUCCCACAUUGCUCUAAUAAAAAUCAUCAGGGGUACUUUAAUUAAGAGAUUUUCUUUUUUUGCAUUUCGCACUGUUGAAAGUUGCACUGAAUUGUCAACGUGUGGUACAUACGAUGCGCUGUGUCUUGCGACAUUUUGUGUCCUGUAUUUGAAUAAAAAAUAUUCCUAUACCCGUGAACGUGCGACGUUCAAAUGUACUAUAGCAGAGAUUUUUUUGGUGUAUCGGUUACCUAUCUCUUCUUCUCGGUGAUAUGGAGUGUGCGGCUUUGCUGUGUUACCUAUUGUGGAUGAUGCCAGCACAAUUUCCGGUGUAGUGUGAAUUUAUGUGACAUGGCAUUCGCGUCAAUUUCGGUUUACGGAUGAGGCAUUACAUAUGUACAGUCAAGAGUUUUGUUGUUAUGUCGUGAUUUAGGAGCACGUACUGUUUGGUACUAAGGUAUGAGUUUUCUGUAAGUCAAGUAAUCAAUGAAGCCGUCUCAAUGCAGGGGCCUUUCAUAGGGGCCAUUCACCAUGACAGAACAUAUCUGUGCGUGUGUAAACAUAUUUUGAUAUUUGUACUGAGGAUGUUUCAUUUGUGUGUAUUUGUUUGUGUUUAUUACUGUCUAUAAAAUAUUUGUGAGACGGCUCAUAGAAAAAAAAUCAAGUGUGUUUCACCAUCCUGGAUAGUACUGCCGUCCAAGAAACGCACCUUACAGUUUUAAUUGUAAAAAACCUUAUCACGGUAUGGUUUCGUGGAUUUUUGCAUUCUACUGGACGUCAUUUUUUUCUUGACUUCUCAUUCUUAUUGUGCGUUUAUCGUGGAAAAAGUAAUUUUAUGAAGGUUUCUUUCGCCAUCUGUAAAUAUGAUGCGGUGCAUGUAUACCUUUUACACUAACAUUAUUCUGGUCAUUCUUGGGGGCACCUGUAAGCACAUUGUGGGAAGUGGCCAUGCAUAAAAUAUUUUACGUGGAAA